CUUUCGUCUCCACUCUCUCGUCGUCGUCGGUCUCGGGGCCCGACGGGGUCUCGACGCCGCCUUCCAUCCACGGCGGCCGCCGGUGGCGAUCUGGCUCCUCCUCCUCUUCAUCCACCGCGCAUUACGUUCCGUACAACGAGAGCUCUCCCUUCCACCGGCCUGCGUUUGCAUAUCCAUCCCUCCGCCCGCCUUCCUCGCCGCGAUCCAGGAGGAUGCCGCCGGAGCAAGCCGGAGACCUCGCCGCCGUUGCGAGUUCAAGCCGAUUCAACAAUGCCGCCAUGGGAGGAGCAGCAGAAGCUUCCUCAUCAGAGAGAGACUCCAUGAAAGGGCGCACAAAGAAGCUCCUAGUAGAUAAGGUAUACCUAGCCCAAUGAUCGGAUCUGUGCAGGGGACUCCACGAGCAAGCGCGCGUGGCUUGAAUUCACUCCUGAAAUCGACGUGCUGUGCUAACUGUAGCCUGUAGGAGUGUAGGGGGUAGAGGAGGCUGGUCCUGUGCUCUCUUAUCUAGCAGGGUGGCUGGUGAGGGUUAGUUCAUUCUUUGAUGUCCCCCACCAUCCUAAUCCAAAGAGAAGCUAUGCUAGGUUAUUAGGGAGGGGAAACACCACUGAUGAGAUAUGGAGGGAGGGGGCCUGGCCUCCCUCCUGGCUGUCCCUGUUCUUGAUGUGAAGAAAGGGGCACCAAUCUCUGACUUGUUUCUGCCUCAGCACAGUUCAUUCCCCUCACAGGCAUGCUUGCACCUCCAUCAUGAAAGUGUCCCUCCUCCCUCAGCCUCCCCUUCUUUGGUCUUUUCCCACCUUUAUGCUGUGCUACAAUGAGAACCGCCGUCGCUCGCGCACCCGAUUGGCCUGCGUGAGAAUCGACUCACCUCCUUCUUAAUAACAUCGAUAUGAUAGCCUCCUUUCAUAUCCAGCUUUUUUUAAUGCUGUGCUACAAUUUAGUUUAAGUUAUUGACUUUUUUUUUUGCUUUACCUUUGGUUUAGCUCUGAUGUAUUUCUCCAAAAACUUUAGGAGACAUGGAAACAGGAGAUGCUUGCUUGAGAAUUUUUUUGAGAUAUUACGUAAUCGCUAGCUUUAUGGUGAUGCUGACUUGAGUGAACUAUACUAGAGAACAUGAACGUGGAAAGAUAUGCCCUUUUUACCUUGAAAGAAGCAGAUUGCUCUGCUUGCCUAAUGCUGUGCCCACUAAGAAGCUCAAGAAGCAUGGUGGAUGCAUUUUAGUGUUUGGUAAAAUGUCGAAGCUCAAGAAGCAUGUAUGUAUAAUAGCUGCUGAAUGUUUCAUUUCUUGCACAUGUGGCUAUUCAGAUCAUGGAGGAUGCAGGCCACUUUGAAGGGGUUUUUUUUUUCAUUAGUUUCUGUUGUGGAGCGAGAAGGUUAGAUAGAUCUCACAAGGACAAGGAGAAAGAAAUCUGGGGAUAUAUGACAAUAAUGAUAUUACAAGGGAUCCAAUAACUCAUCUUUCCUGAUUAAUCCUUACAACUUUAGCAAAGAAUAUGUGCACCGUUUCCCCUUUUUUGUGAAGGUAGUUAAUAGACGAAGAGCAGGGGGCAUGGCACCACCACAGGGAGUGCACCAUAUGCGGCGAGCAUCCGCAUACUGUAAAUGCAUGCCUUUACCCUGAAAUGACUAGAUAAUAUCAUAAAGAAAGUAUGAUGCCUGGGAUUGUCACCUACGCGUUUAUUCCAUCGAUAUCACCUUUUGAAAAUGGCUAGGGGUACGGUAGAAUUCCGCUUUCUAUUGUGAUAAUGUGAUAUUCAAUUGAAAGGAAUUGGUAUGUGAAAUAAUCUGCAGCUGCCACCUUUGUAGCAGGUGUAAGUCAGUAGAGCUCAGCUGAUGUACUGAUAUUUUGAGCAUAUGCAUGCGCAGGCUCUUUACCUUCCUGAGUAACCUGUUCUUUUUACUAUUGAAUCAUCCUUGGAUGCUUCAAGUUGGGGAUGCACCUAGUAUGGAAUUUGGUGUUUGUUUAUAGCCGUAUGUUUUGUUGAUUCAGUGACCUUGGGACCUUGCAAACUAAGGCUAGCAUUGUUCCCUUCUAACGCCUUAUGUUACACGAAACCUUCAGAUGCUGUUACAACUUUCCUGGAAUAACUUUUUUAGUGUACAAAAUAUGUUAUUGUCUCCAGUAUUAUCUACUUUACUGAUGUGUUUCAUUGUGUGCGACCUUGUACCACGGCAGUGUAUUCCUUAGUUGCAUUAUUGACAACUUUAUCAUGAUCUGACAAAUAUCAUUAUUGUGUGUGCACCUUUUGCCUCAUCAUCUUGGUGGAUGUUUUUUUUUUCCACUGGAAUAUUGUUUACCUGUGGUCUAUGUGCUUUGAUUUGUCAUUGUCAGCAUCUCCAUGCCCAGUUCCAUAUGAAAUUGCAGUCAAAAGAGUUCACAUUUUUUUUUGCAUGAAUUAAACUUUGUUCUGUUUUUGCCAGCAGCUUCAUGCUUAGGUCCAUGGGAUUGUGUGGCAAUGUAAACAUGUUUUUUUCUUCUGUUUACUCCUUUUGACCACAAUACUAAUAUUAUGAUUUUUGAGCAUUGUAGAUGGUCUCUGCUUCUGGAGAGUGGAGACUCUGGUUAGCAUCAGUCACUUGACCCACUACAAAUAAUAGAAGUUCCUGGGAUGAAGAACCAAUAACUGUCAGCCACAACCCUUUGUUUGCAUUCUUAUUACCUUUGUUACUUAGUCUCCGCUAGAUUAUCCAUCUCCUUUGAUUGAGGUUAAUCAUGUCCUUUUGAUCCAACUGGUUUAAAAGUUACAACUUUUCAUCUAGGUGGUGCAUUUGUUAUUAAUUUGUUAACCACAAUCCAUGGCAUGGUACUAUUCACCUUUUCUUGAUACAUAAAACAUUUCAUUCAAAAAAUGGAAGUGGAUCAGGUUUACACUUUUGUCACUCACCUCUCCUAGGAUCUUCAACUCAGUUCUAGCUUUUCCAACCUAUUUUUUCUAUCAUUACCACAAAAAGAUUGCCCUUUACUUACUGGUUACCCAAGUAUAGUGUCUUUUGCCUAUCCCUACAUGCCUCAUGUUUUCUUCAUGGCUAGGAGUUUGUAGUGAUAUUUCAAGACUAGUGCAAAUAUUUCAUAUUUUUUCUUCAUGACAAAGGGGACCUUCUUAAAGGUACAUCGUGAGAAACAGGUGGAGUUCUGCGUCACACAGCAAAGCAAGGCAAUGGAUAAUGGAGGACAGCGUCUUGAUAUAAUUUUUAAGUUUUCAACAUAUUAUCACAUCACAUUACACUUUUCAAUAGAACACUACUAGAGGGAGUUCCAUAAAUUGAGACACUGUCGUGUCCAGAAAGAUAGCAAGUGGAUCAUCUUGCACAGGCUGCACCGUCGUAUUGGUUCAGAAUCUUUCAAAUAAAGUCGAAAUAUUAAGAAGAUAUGCUUCUCAGACCAUGCAUCACCACACUAUAUAAGGGGCAAACAAGCUCCCAGUAUCGUUACUUUGAGCCCCCGCCUCCCCUUUUGAAAUAAGGUUGACUGUAAUUCUGCUUUUGUUCGUAAUAUGGAUGAUCAUAACUUAGACUACAAGGGAAGUGGUGCUCUUGAAGAGCUUGAGAUGUUAACAGUGAAUGCCAAAGAAGCCCAAGAGCUCAUAUUGACGAAAAUCCUUGAGAGGAAUCAGGCUACCGAGUACCUGAGCAAAUUCAUGAAUGGGUCAACAAAUAUUUCUGCCUUCAAGAGACAUGUUCCUGUAGUAACAUAUGAUAAGGUACAUCCAUACAUUCUCAGGAUUGCAACUGGUGAGGAAUCUUCAAUUUUAUGUGGAGAAUAUAUCUUGGAGCUGCUUAGAAGCUCGGGGACUUCUCGAGGUGAGCCAAGAUUGAUGCCGUCCAUCUUAAAGGAUCUUGACCGUCGAACCUACCUCUAUAGUCUGAUCAUGCCUAUCAUGAACAAGUAUAUAUCAGGCCUUGGUGAGGGGAAAGCUAUGUACCUUCUCUUUGUGAAAGCUGAAACACUGACAGAUUCUGGAAUUCCAGUUCGAUCAGUCCUCACUAGCUACUAUAAGAGCCCUCAUUUCCUUCACCGCAAACACGAUUUAUACAACAACUAUACCAGUCCUGAUGAGGUCAUUCUUUGCCCUGAUAGCCAGCAGAGCAUGUACUGCCAGCUGCUCUGUGGCCUGGUAGAACGCCAGCAUGUUCUUCGUAUCGGGGCAGUCUUUGCCUCAGCAUUCCUUCGAUCUAUCAGCUUCCUUGAGCAGCAUUGGCGUGACCUUGUCAAUGACAUACGAAUUGGUCAGCUCAACUCCAGUAUCACCAGUCCAGCAUGCCGUUUGGCCAUGCUGAACUUCCUUGCAUUGCCCAACCCAGAGCUAGCUGAUCAGGUUGAGGCAAUAUGCAGCUGCGGUUCAUGGAAGGGGAUUCUGGGAAGGCUAUGGCCUAAUGUUAAAUAUAUCGAAGCUGUUCUUACGGGCACAAUGGCACAAUAUAUCCCCAUGCUGGAAUUCUAUGGUGGUGGUGCGAUUCCUUUCGUCUGCACGAUGUAUGCUUCCUCAGAAAGCUAUUUCGGUGUCAAUCUGAGUCCACUAUGUAGCCCAGCUGAUGUGUCUUACACCAUCCUCCCAAACAUGGCUUACUUUGAGUUCAUACCAUUAGAGGACGGCCUCAGGUUGACUGAUCACGAGGAGGUGAUAGAGAAUGACAAGCUUGUCAGCCUGGUAGAUGUCAAGGUUGGAUGUUACUAUGAGCUUGUAGUUACCACAUUUUCAGGUCUUUACAGGUACAGGGUUGGUGAUGUGCUUCAAGUGACAGGCUUCUACAACCGAGCUCCGCAGUUCAAAUUCAUUUGCCGGAGAAAUGUUAUCCUCAGCAUCGAUUCUGACAAGACCAACGAGGAGGAUCUCCACAACAGUGUCACCACUGCUAAGAAAAUCCUGGAGAACCAAAAUUACCUCCUCCUGGAGUACACUAGCUACACUGAUAUUUCCACUGUCCCUGGCCACUACGUGCUGUUCUGGGAGAUCAAGUCCACCCACGAUGAAAGGCCGGCCCCUCUUGACGCUCAGCUCCUCGAGAGCUGCUGUGCUGCUGUCGAGGAGUCACUGGACUACGUCUACCGUCGUUGCAGAGCCCAUGACAGGUCCAUAGGGCCUCUGGAGAUACGGCUUGUUGAAGCUGGUGCAUUUGAUGCUCUGAUGGAUCUAUUGGUUAGCCAUGGCAGCUCCAUUAACCAGUACAAGACACCCAGAUGCAUCGAAUCUAGCCUUGCACUGAAGCUGCUGAACUCCAAGGUCAUUGCCUGCUUUUUCAGUCCACAGGAUCCUGAAUGCGGCAUGUAAAACUUUGGUAAAUAAGCAAGUAUGCUUCUGUGCUUGCUUGAUAUGCAAUCUUACUACAAUUAACCGAAAUUAAUAGUCUGAGAUAUAGUGGAAAUAAUAAUAAUAAUAAUGUACUACUAGCUUAAAUAAUGAAGUUCUUAUUUUAGAUGGCUGCAGGCUUUAGGAGCUUCAUUUCCAAUCUAGUCAGAUCAGCCUGCUGCCUAGAUAAGUGGGUAUAAAUGUUGCCAACUUUUAGAUUUUCAUUUGGGUUUUAAUUACUGAAUAUUCAGGGGCCAACAUACCCAAAUGAGAAUGAUAUGUGCUGUUGCUGCUAAAGAAGUUUGCUGCUCCCCUCUGUAGUCUCAUGGAUGACUGAACACUUAACUGAAUGAUGUAUACUUUUGUUCCUAUAUAUGCUGCAGCAGCAAAUAUUCCA